GCAUCUCGCAUCAAGCGCGUCGCAGUCUUGUGGUGCAUCAGCUCGUCUCCUCAGCACACAGAGACCCGCAAGAUACAAAAAAAAAAAAAAAAUGGUGAAGAUAUCUUUUCAGCCCGUAUCGGUGCAGAAGCCUGAAAAGCAGAGGGAUGGAGGGAAAGAGGAAAUUAUCAUGUCUUACUCUCAGCCGGAUGAGUUGGUCCUUCCUCUCAGGCCUAAGAAGUCUUCAGUAAGUGGCCUCUGGUGUCUGAUUCCCGGCUUGGUGAUCUUCAUGUCUGGCCUGAUCAUGGUGUCAGUCUAUCUGUAUCGCUACUACGUCACCCCUCAGAUCCCCGAGGACAGCCUGUUCCACUGUCGGGUGAUGUAUGAAGACUCCCUGUACGCACCGUUGCUAGGGAGACAGGAGCUGCAAGAGAAUGUCGGCAUCUACUUGGAAGAAAACUACGAGCAGAUCAACGUUCCUGUGCCCAACUUCGGAGGAAGCGAUCCAGCUGACAUCGUCCACGACUUCCACCGGGGCCUCACAGCAUAUCACGACAUUGCGUUGGAUAAGUGUUAUGUGGUUGAGCUCAACACCACCAUUGUCAUGCCUCCCAGGAACCUGUGGGAGCUACUUAUUAAUGUCAAGAGGGGGAUGUACCUGCCACAGACCUACAUGGUUCAGGAAGAGAUGAUGGUGACAGGCCGGGUGAAGAACAUGCGUCAGCUUGGCCCCUUUAUCCACCGCCUGUGUUAUGGCAAAGAGACUUUCCGACUGAAACGCCGCAACUCUCGCAGACGUAUCGACAAGCGAGAGACCAGGAAGUGUCACAGCAUUCGUCACUUUGAGAACACGUUUGUGAUGGAGACAAUUAUCUGUGACCGGGCCUAAAAUGUCAGCCUCGGCAUCUUCCCAACUCGACUGAGCAGAUCCCAAAACAUGUUCCUCUACGUUUAGAUUUUAUUGCACUUUAUAGCACAUCCACUCUGUACAUACUGUGUAAGGCAUCAUGUCCUUUUAUUUUUCUUUUUUUUUUCUUUUUUAAUUUAGUUAGUUUGUGAUAAGAACUGGUUUGUCUUUCAGGAUCCUAAUGUCCCAGGUUGAAUAAUAACUGCCUUAGAGUUAAGUUUUGGCUAUUCUUGUCUUGGUUAAACAUGUCGAUAUGUAUAUAUUGGUAUUUACAUUACAUAAUGUUUUUUUUUUUUUCCAUUGAAUAUGUGGGGGGUGGGGCGGGGGGUUAUGUAAAUGUCAGAGACUGGUCUGAGAAUUGUCAGCACGUUGAAAUGAUUUAUCUGGCAGUAAUUUAGUGUGAGACUGUGGCAUGCACUAUGCACUGAUUUCAUUUUCUUUGGUUGUUUGUCUGUUAGUUGGUAAGGGUUAUUUGUCUAUAGAAUGGAUAACCUGUUCACUGCUGUUUCCCUGUGUUAAAUAAGAAAUCCAGAUUUGGAAAAUUGUCUUAAUGCCAAAAAGUAUACCUCAUGUUUUAGAAAUGAAUGAGUUAAUUACUUAUUUAAUUAAGACCUUGUUUUCAUUUUUUUCCCAAAGUAACUUAAGCAAUAGAGUUUUCUUAUCUUGGAUUUCAUAUUUUAACAUCAGACAUUUUCGUAAUGAGUUAAGCAACUUAUGCGUUUUUGUCUCUGUGUGAUAUAUUUGUGAAUAAAGUUUAUAGAAAAAAUGA